UGGCCAUGGGGGCAGUGGGGGCGGCGGCGGCGGCGGGGGCGGACGCGGCAGGUAUGAAGAGCGGCGAGAAUGGCUUCUGUAUGGAGAAGGAACUCGAGGCGAACGGUGCAGGAGGAAGAGGUGGCAUCGCCACACCGUUUGACGAGGCCGUCGCCAUGACAGGUUCGGGCAAGUUUCACUGGGUGCUGCUGACGGUGUGCGGCCUGUGUCUGGUCGCCAUGUGCUUCGAGGUGCUGGGCAUCGCCUACGUCACGCCGGCGGUGCUCUGCGACUUCGACAUGACGUCAUUCGAGAAGGGCUUCCUCAGCGGAACCAUCAACAUAGGCAUGAUCGUGAGCUCGCACCUGUGGGGCUACGCGGCCGACACGUGGGGGCGCCACGUGGUGCUGUCGCUCACGCUGGGGCUCAACUUCGUCUGCUCCGUGCUGUCCGGCCUGAUGCCCAGCCUCGCGCUGCUCAUCGUCUUCAGGCUCCUCAGCGGCAUCUGGAUCUGCGGGCCGUCGGCGGUGACGUACGCCUACCUGGGGGAGUUCCACUCGGACAAGACGCGAGCCCAGAGCAUGGUCUACGUCUGCCUCUUCAUCGCCGCCGCACUUCUAGUACAGCCAGGUCUGGCGUGGGCCAUCAUCCCGCAGCCGUGGGCGGCGCCCCUCGGCUGGAUCACGCUGCGCUCGUGGCGCGUCUUCAUCGUGGUCAGCGCGCUGCCCAGCGCCGCCACCUUCUUCGGCCUGUGGUUCCUGCUGCCGGAGAGCCCCAAGUUCCUGCUGGCCUCCGGCAGGCACGACCAGGCCAUCGACGUGCUCCGCCGGAUGUUCGCCGCCAACACCGGCCUGCCGCCGGACCAGUACCCGGUGGUGGCCCUGCAGGAGGACGGCCUGCAGUCCUCGCCGGCCGGGGUGAACACCAAGUCCCCUCUGGUCGUGGCCCGCCACAUGUGGAGGCAGACCGCGCCGCUGUUCAGACCGCCGUACCUGCUCUACACCGCCGUCGCCUGCUUCAUACAGUUCGGACUGUACGCCAGCUCCAAUGGGUUCUACAUGUGGCUGCCGGAGCUGCUGAACCGAGUGGGCCAGUACAACGACGCCUACCCAGAGCAGCCUGCUGCCGUGUGUGACGUCAUCGCCAUCCUGGCAGGCCAGAUGUCGCCACCAGUCGCCGUGGAACGCUUCCAAACCACCUACUCCAACAUAACAGCCGAAUACACUACCACCGAAGUAUCUGCCUUCGCCAACUGGACCACCGUGGACGGCUUCGCCGACAGUGGUGCCAACUGGACAGCGACCGCACUAGACAGCUCUACCGCUGGGCCCGAGGUGUGCGUGGCGACGGUUAGCGAGGUCAGCUUCCAGAACUCGAUGAUCAACGGCGCAGGCUUCGCCAUCGCCUACGUCGCCAUCAUCCCCCUCGUCAAGAUCGUCAGCAAGAGGCUCCUGCUGGCCGUCAGCCUGAUAGCAUCGGGGCUGUGCGGUGUCGCCGUGCUUUGGGCCCAGACGGAGCUGCAGAUCCUGAUGCUGCCGAUGGCGUACGUCGUGCUCUCCGGAACGUGCGUGUCCGUCGUCAAUAUCGUCGUCGUCGAUGCUGUCCCCACGUACCUCAGAGCCAUGGCGGUGUGCCUGUCGCUGUGUUUCGGCCGCCUGGGCACCUUCGUCACGUCCCUCAUGCUGGGCGCCCUCAUAGACUCCAGCUGCGUCGUCGCCGUCUCCAUCCUGGGAGGAUACGUUGUGUUGUGUGGCUUCUUGUCGCUGCUGCUGCCAUCUGAAGAAAAGAUGAAGAAACUUCGCCAAUGACGACCACUGGACCUCCAUCUGGAACAAUACGAUUAAGAACACCUUGUCUGUAUCCGAAGUCUUUGUUAUGUGCGCCUUCUCGCCAGAUCCAAAACUUAACUGCUGUAGCUAUGGAAUAAAACAUUCCAACGAAA